CCCGACCACCUCACCGCAUCGCCACCGGCCCACCGCGCAGCCAGAUGGCCUCUUCCUCCUCGUGCCCGCUCGCCCCCGGGACAAGCGGAUGCAAGCCCAGGACGACGCGGACCAGCGGCGUCGGGUUCGGAGUCGAAGCAAUGGCGCGGAGCGUGGCGGCAGUGAAGCUGGAGCCGAAGCCGGAGCCGUGGGCGGCGGAAGCAGAGGAGGGGUCGUCAGUUGUGCCGCGGUCGAUGGAGGGGCCACCGUUUCCGGCGCCGUUCGUGGCGAAGACGUACGAGAUGGUGUCGGACGCGGCCACGGACGCCGUAGUGUCGUGGGCGCCCUGCGGCGCGGGGAACACUUUCGUGGUGUGGGACCCGCAGGCGCUCGCCACCGGCAUCCUCCCGCGCUUCUUCAAGCACGCCAACUUCGCGUCCUUCGUCAGGCAGCUCAACGUCUACGUACGUACGGGAUUCAGGAAGGUGAAUCCAGAUCGUUGGGAGUUUGCAAACGAAUCAUUCUUAGCAGGCCAGAAGCAUCUGCUGAAAAGCAUCAGGAGGAGGCGCGCGUCCAAGCCUCAGGUAGAAGCAUCGCCAAGAAACAGCGCAAGUGCUUGUUCCGGACAGCCCAACAAGGAUCCCGGGGUGGUCGAGAGUUUGAAACGGGACCGCGCAGCGCUCAGGGCUGAAGUCAUCACGCUAAGGCAGCAGUACAGCAUUUGCAAAUCCCAACUCGUCGCCCUGGAGGAGAGGAUCCUGAACAACGAGAGGGACCAGCAGAAGGCCAUCGCCUUCUUCGCAAAGGUGCUCAGCAACCCAGCUUUCGUGCAGCAGGUCCUGCGCAACUACGCCAGGGAGAGAGAGCUACACGGCGCUUCCAAAAGACAGCGGCUGAUGGAAAACGAAGGACAUCGGCAGGGCGAUUUGCCACUGAGGGGUAGCACCGAAGCCGCGUUUGCGACCGGUGCGGCUGGCGUCUCUGUGGGGACUGGGAGCACAAAUGUUGGCACAGCCGCGAGACAGGAGGAGUCUGGUUCUGAGUUGAAUGAUCAGGAGGUGAACAGUAUUUGGUCUGACGUGUGGGACGAGCUGGACCUGGACCUGGACGCGGUACCAGGCGCUGAAAUGGACCGGCGAGAAGCGGACAAGGGCGUCGCUGGCUUCCACGACGUCGAGGACUUGAGUGGCCGGCCUUGCGGUUGGGGUGAUGAGUUCUCGUAUCUCGCGGAGCCGAUGCAGUUCGUGGAGCACUAUGACUAGUGGUGCAAGAAUAGCUUGAUCUGGAGCUGGAGGGGAUGAUCAGUGGCUUGUUCAUAGCUUCACCAUACUAGGAUUCUGCCAGCUGAGAUUCGUAUAUACUGGUUGAGUUGACAUGCUGGCUGUGGUGUGGUGUAUAGCGUCAGCUCGGACUUCUCAGAACGUACUGCAAACCAGGAUGUGAUAAUUUGUCCUUUUCUUUUCUAACUUUUGCUGGAUAAAGUACAGGGUGCAGCGAAUGAUACCAUCGUGGAGCAUUUAGCUUUCGGACAUUGGUACCGCCAACGAUGGCAUAUUUCGCGAUGUUAGAACUUAACAUGUUGUGUCAAGAGUUUGCUCGACUUGACCUACUAUGUUGGUAUCACUUAGGUCUUUGAGCUUGAUAUUAUGUAUUAUUUGGAUCUCCAAACUUUGAUUAAUGUACUCCAAUGUGGCACGGCAGGUCGAUAUCCAUUAGAUUUGAGCAAACUCGGUUUUUAACGGGUUUGCAUGGGCCAA